CUAGUUGACGGCCAGUGUUAAACGGAACGUUGUGUAGAACAAACGUGCGCGCGCGCUCUCAUCUUAAUUAAAUUGAUCGAAGCAAUUAAACAUUAACAAAAAAAGUCUUUAUAAAUUAACUCAGUAAUUUUUAUUGUUGUGAACAAUGGCUAACGAUCUCGUGAAAUUGAAAAUUGUGAAUGAGAAUGAGAAAAGUGUCGAUCGGAGUUUGAACGACGAGGUCGAGAUGAUUUUUGGAAGAGGACCGGCGCCGGCGCUUAAUGACAAGAGUGCAAUCAUUAGCAAUGGCAACCUAAUCGACAAAGAACGAGGAAACACAGAGUUUCAUGGCAACAACAACAUGGGCGAGACUGACCUAGGACACCCUAGACAGCCACUCUUGGAGAGAAGAGGUGGGCAGCUACCUCCUCUAGCUGGUCCUGAAACUGACGAGCUAGAUGGAGACCCACCGAAGGACGCCGCUCCGUUCCCUGGCGCCGACACCAGUUUGUUGCAUCCUGGGGAUAAGAAGCCUGGCGACCAUGAUCAUGAUGACAGUGACCGCCACUCGGAGUUGGACCCCAGCGACAAACGCUCGAUGUAUGGCGACGAUGCUGUCACUGACGGUAAAUGGUCUUCGGGGCAUGACGAGACUGACCAUCCUUACGACGUCAACGAGCUUGCAGCAAGAUUCGGCGACUCCCGGCCUGUGUCACCCUUCUCUGCUAUCGCUCUCCCCGACGUGAACGUGAACACAUACCAGCAAAAGAAGAACCUGGCGCAGGGUAUGAUGGACCUGGCGCUGCUGUCUGCCAACGCCAACCAGCUGCGCUACGUGCUGGAGUCUGCCAACACGCACCCCUACUACUACCCCAGCCUCACCUUCAUCUCACUCAGUAUUAUCUUCCAAAUCAUUGUCGGCGUUGGCCUCAUCAUGAACAGUCGGUACGACGUGAACGACCAGAAGGAGCGCUGCAAGGCGGACAAAAUAAAUAACAUGACAGUGAUCGGCAUCUUCCUCAUCACCAUCGUCAAUGUGUUCAUCACCUCGUUCAGCGUCGCCACUCAGACUCCUGUCGUUACCGUAGGCACUUCCACCGCGCAACAAGCUGUAUAGCCCACACAGUCCCUACGUAGUGAGUGGUAGCUCACUGUAGUCAGUCAUUUUGGAGUAAAUGCCAAACUUAGCAGACCAUGCCUUAGUAACUGACCAAUUUUUGUUUUGGUCAUCUUAUAAGUAAAUGGUGUAAAUUCAAAACUCGCUUCGAUUUUUAUGAGAAGUGUUUCUUUUAUUUGAAUUUCUCAAAAACACUAAAGCAAAACUUGUUCAGUUUCAUGGUCUGAAAUAACACUUGCUAGAUCUUCCCUUAAUCCCUUUCUCGUUACAGCUAGGGUUUUAUUAAAACUGUCUGAAAGAAUCUACAAAGUAUUCAAGUACUUAAAUUAUUGCAUUUAUAGAAAUUAAACUACUCAUUUUGCUCAAUUUCCCGGCUACGUUCAAUUCAAUUAUUUGUAUAAAGUUAGUUAAGUAAGGCAAAAUCAUGUAAAUACCUAAUUAUUUUUAACUAAGAUGUUUAAUUAUCAAUGCAUUUAAAUUACAACAAACUAUAAUGAAGUUUAAGAAACUGCGGAUCUGAUUGCUUACACGCUUAAGAGUUUAGUUUGCUUUUCUUUUUAUAGUCAAGUACCUACCUAUUCAUAGUCAUAAUAAAUUAAGUUCCCACACUGAAUAUUCACAUUGUGUAUAUUACCGACCAAUAUGAUUUGAGGCCAAAGUAGUAUGACCUAGGCUAAACCAGUCCAAGGCGACGGAACCCCGCUGAACGGGGCUUCUAUUCCACCACCCUCAGGGUUUGAAGCUAACCUAACCUAACGAAUGACAUGACAAUAUGCCAUUUAUACCUAUGCACCCAUGUCGGGUUCACCUAUCUUCUGCUUGAGGUUUCGCCUAGGCCACGCUAGCUUGUCCUGAAAUCGGGUUUGGUCGGUUGCCUAUCUACUAAUCAUUGAAUACCGCACUAUGGGACCAAAUCCCUUAAAACUGUUGUAUUUUUGAAUUUUAUUCAUUAAAAAUAAAUUGUUCAUCACAAAUCCCAUACGAAAUCGUAUGUUGCAUAAGAACCCAUCUAUUGUAUAAUUGUAUGCAAGUAGUUAUGGAGGUAAUGGAAUGCUAAGAUAAUCUCACUUAUGAAUUCUCGUUUCAUUGCACAAAAUGAUAGAUGAGAUUGCAUAGCCAAGUGCAAUAACUUAUUCCUCGUGUCAUAUUCACACAUCUGUAUGUGUACAAAAGAUCUUAUAAAAAUAAGACUGAUUUAUCAUUUGCAUUAGAUUUUGUACCUAGUUGUAAUAAAAAAAAUAUUUUAAUUCUCAUGAAAUCCAGCUAAUCUCAUAUUAUGAUAAUAAUAUUUUAAGCGCAUGCAUGCGGUAUAACGUUACCAAUAGACCUAAGUAUUUAUUUAGUUUUGUACAUAAAAAUAAAAUUUAUUGUAAGUUACUCAUGCAGUUUUAUUUACAAAUGUAUAAAAUAAUCUUAUUUGUGUGUAUAGUGUUCAGUUAUUUCAGAGUACUGCAUUCCAUUUAAUUUUAAACCGACCUCUAAAAAGGAGCUUCUCAAUGUGACCUGUAAACGUAUGUAUGUAUGUAUGUGCGCGAUUAUCUCGCCAUUGGCUGAACCGAUUUUAAUGCGGUUUAAAAGAUACGUGUUUAAAAGAUAGG